GGGAGUGACGUCUCUGAAUGUUGUUGUUGGUGGCGGCGGCGAGCGGAGCCGGAGGAGCUGCCGCAAAGAUGGAGGAGCCGUCGAGGAGGCGCUGCCGCCGCUGCUGCCGCCGCUGCUGCCGCCGCCGCCCGCGAAGCCGGAGCUCGAGCCGCAGCGGGGAUGCCGUUCUGAGUGCCUGACUGCCUCACCCCGAAGGAUGGCCUUGGAUGGGCAUUAGAGGCAUUGCGGCCCCGGGCUCCUGUCCCAUCCGUCUGUCUGUUAUCGUCUGUCUCUCUUGACAUCACCGCAGCUCCACCCCCUCCCGUCCCAGCCCCCAACGCCAGCUUCCUGCAGGCCCAGAGCCGGCAUGAACUCUCCCAACAAGUCGGAUGGCAUAUCAGGCCGGGAACCAUCCUUGGAAAUCCUGCCACGGACUCCUCUGCACAGCAUCCCUGUGGCAGGUGACCUUGGACAAGCCUGUUCCCUCUGUGGCCUCACUUUCCUCCUCCUGCAGCUGGGGGCGUUGAGUUGCCGAGCUCCUGGGCCUUUUCCUUACUGACAUUCUGAGGGUCUCUGAGUGGAGGUGAAGCCGGUGCUGCCAGGAGCCAUGCCCAGCUCCAUGGGGGGUGGAGGUGGAGGUAGCCCUAGCCCUGUGGAGCUUCGGGGGACUCUGGCAGGCCCCAUGGACCCUGCGCUACGGGAGCAGCAACUGCAGCAGGAGCUCCUGGUGCUCAAGCAGCAGCAGCAGCUUCAGAAGCAGCUCUUGUUCGCCGAGUUUCAGAAGCAGCACGACCACCUGACGAGGCAGCAUGAAGUCCAGCUGCAAAAGCAUCUCAAGCAGCAGCAGGAGAUGCUGGCAGCUAAGAGGCAGCAAGAGCUGGAGCAGCAGCGGCAGCGGGAGCAGCAGCGGCAAGAGGAGCUGGAGAAACAGCGGCUGGAGCAGCAGCUGCUUAUCCUACGCAACAAGGAGAAGAGCAAAGAGAGUGCCAUCGCCAGCACCGAGGUCAAGCUGAGGCUCCAGGAAUUCCUCUUGUCGAAGUCAAAGGAGCCCACGCCAGGCAGCCUCAACCAUUCCCUCCCACAGCACCCCAAAUGCUGGGGAGCCCACCAUGCUUCUUUGGACCAGAGUUCCCCUCCCCAGAGCGGCCCUCCUGGGACGCCUCCCUCCUACAAACUGCCUUUGCUUGGGCCCUAUGACAGCCGUGAUGACUUCCCCCUCCGCAAAACAGCCUCCGAACCCAACUUAAAAGUCCGUUCGAGGCUAAAACAGAAGGUGGCGGAGAGGAGAAGCAGUCCCCUCCUGCGUCGGAAGGACGGCACUGUUAUUAGUACCUUUAAGAAGAGAGCAGUUGAAAUCACAGGCUCGGGGCCUGGGGUGUCGUCCGUGUGUAACAGUGCGCCCGGCUCUGGCCCCAGCUCUCCCAACAGUUCCCACAGCACCAUCGCUGAGAACGGCUUUACUGGCUCAGUCCCCAACAUCCCCACUGAGAUGCUCCCCCAGCACCGGGCCCUCCCUCUGGACAGCUCCCCAAACCAGUUCAGCCUCUACACGUCUCCUUCUCUGCCCAACAUCUCCCUAGGGCUGCAGGCCACAGUCACCGUCACCAACUCACACCUCACCGCCUCCCCGAAGCUGUCGACACAGCAGGAGGCUGAGAGGCAGGCCCUUCAGUCCCUGCGGCAGGGUGGCACGCUGACUGGCAAGUUCAUGAGCACAUCGUCCAUCCCUGGCUGCCUGCUGGGCGUGACAUUGGAGGGCGACACAAGCCCUCACGGGCAUGCUUCCCUGCUGCAGCACGUUCUGCUGCUGGAACAGGCCCGGCAGCAGAGCACGCUUAUAGCUGUGCCACUCCAUGGGCAGUCCCCAUUGGUGACGGGCGAGCGCGUGGCCAGCAGCAUGAGGACAGUGGGCAAGAUCCCGAGGCACCGACCUCUGAGCCGCACUCAGUCCUCUCCACUGCCGCAAAGUCCCCAGGCCCUGCAGCAGCUGGUUAUGCAGCAGCAGCACCAGCAGUUCCUAGAGAAGCAGAAGCAGCAGCAGAUGCAGCUGGGCAAGAUCCUUACGAAGACAGGGGAGCUGCCAAGGCAGCCCACCACCCACCCCGAGGAGACAGAGGAGGAGCUGACAGAGCAGCAAGAGGCCUUGCUGGGGGAGGGGGCCCUGACCAUGCCCCGGGAAGGCUCCACAGAGAGCGAGAGCACCCAGGAAGACCUAGAAGAGGAGGAGGAUGAAGAGGAGGAAGAUGAAGACUGCAUUCAGGUCAAGGAUGAGGAAGACGAGAGUGGUCCUGAUGAGGGACCCGACUUAGAGGAGUCCAAUGCUGGUUACAAAAAGUUGUUCACAGAUGCCCAGCAGCUACAGCCCCUGCAGGUGUACCAGGCACCCCUCAGCCUGGCCACUGUGCCUCAUCAGGCCCUGGGCCGCACCCAGUCCUCACCUGCUGCUCCUGGGAGCAUGAAGAGCCCCCCAGACCAGCCCACUAAGCACCUCUUCACCACAGGUGUGGUCUAUGACACGUUCAUGCUGAAGCAUCAGUGCACGUGCGGAAACACACAUGUACACCCGGAGCACGCCGGCCGCAUCCAGAGCAUCUGGUCCCGGCUGCAGGAAACUGGCCUGCUCAGCAAGUGUGAGCGGAUCCGGGGUCGUAAAGCCACGCUAGAUGAAAUCCAGACAGUACAUUCUGAGUACCACACCCUGCUCUAUGGGACCAGCCCCCUCAACCGGCAGAAGCUGGACAGCAAGAAACUGCUUGGCCCCAUCAGCCAGAAGAUGUAUGCCAUGCUGCCUUGUGGGGGCAUUGGGGUGGACAGCGACACUGUGUGGAAUGAGAUGCACUCCUCCAGUGCUGUGCGAAUGGCAGUGGGCUGCCUGGUAGAGCUAGCCUUCAAGGUGGCUGCAGGAGAGCUCAAGAAUGGAUUUGCCAUCAUCCGGCCCCCAGGACAUCAUGCUGAGGAGUCCACAGCCAUGGGAUUCUGCUUCUUCAACUCCGUAGCCAUCACAGCUAAACUCCUGCAGCAGAAGCUGAAUGUGGGCAAGGUGCUCAUCGUGGACUGGGACAUUCACCAUGGCAACGGCACCCAGCAAGCAUUCUACGAUGACCCCUCUGUGCUCUACAUCUCGCUGCAUCGCUAUGACAAUGGGAACUUCUUCCCGGGCUCUGGGGCUCCUGAAGAGGUUGGUGGAGGGCCAGGCGUGGGGUACAAUGUUAAUGUGGCAUGGACAGGAGGUGUGGAUCCCCCCAUUGGAGAUGUGGAAUACCUGACAGCCUUCAGGACAGUGGUGAUGCCCAUUGCCCACGAGUUCUCACCUGACGUCGUCCUAGUCUCCGCUGGGUUUGAUGCUGUUGAAGGACAUCUGUCUCCACUGGGUGGCUAUUCUGUCACCGCCAGAUGUUUUGGCCACUUGACCAGGCAGCUCAUGACACUGGCAGGGGGCCGGGUGGUGCUGGCCCUGGAGGGAGGCCACGACUUGACCGCCAUCUGUGAUGCCUCUGAGGCCUGUGUCUCGGCUCUGCUCAGCGUGGAGCUGCAGCCCUUGGAUGAAGCAGUCUUGCAGCAGAAACCCAGCGUCAAUGCAGUUGCCACACUAGAGAAAGUCAUCGAGAUCCAGAGCAAACACUGGAGCUGUGUACAGAGGUUCGUCACUGGUCUGGGUUGCUCUCUGCGGGAGGCUCAGACAGGUGAGACGGAGGAGGCCGAGACUGUGAGCGCCAUGGCCCUGCUUUCCGUGGGGGCUGAGCAGGCCCAGGCCGUUGCCACUCAAGAGCAUAGCCCCAGGCCAGCAGAGGAGCCCAUGGAGCAGGAGCCUACCCUGUGACACCCUGGCCCCCAUUCCUCUGGGCUUCAUCAUUGUGAUUUUGUUUAUUUUUUCUAUUAAAAACAAAAAGUCACACAUUCAA